AUGACUAACGAACAUCCUUACGUAGUAAUUCAUUUUCACGCUACUGAAUUAAAUGCUUCAGAUGAAGAAGGUAUCGAAUGUGUACCGUACAGAAUAGACGUGCUUGCUUUAUCCAGUUUAUCACGGGAUAUGCAUGCACUGUACGAAAAUGGGAAUCAAUCCGACUUCACACUAAUCUGUGGCUCCAGCAAGAUUCGAGGUCAUAAAUGCAUUCUUUCAGCCAGGUCUCCAGUUUUUGGACGUAUGUUCCAACAUUCUAUUACUAAAACAACUGAUAACGCAAUAACCAUUCCUGAUAUCGAUGGCAAUGUGUUGGAUCAGCUCGUAUUAUUCAUGUAUACUGGAUGCAUAAGCGAGCUUUCUUGUCCCAUGGCACGAGACCUGUAUUCUGCAUCUGACAAGUACGCUGUGUUACAGCUGAAAGAUAAGUGUACCGAACUUUUAAUUUCGUCGAGCUCCACUUCGACAGCUGUUGAGAUAUUAACAUUAGGGAACACGAAUAACAAUAUUCGGAUAAGAAACGCUGCUGUUAGGUUUUAUUUACGACAAUUUUGGAGAUCUGAAUAUUACCAAAGCAUGGCUUAA